GGACCACAGACGGUCUUCGCCCAUUUCAUUGUGGGAUGUGCCGCGGCCAUGACUCCGGAACAAUGGGAGUCGGACAUAAUCGAAGCAAGGCGGUGUCAUAUCGAUGGCUUCGCACUCAACAUCGCCCCCCAGGAUUCUUACACCGAUCACGUACUGGAGAAUGCUUAUAAUGCUGCUGAAAGGGUGGGAGGCUUCACUCUACUCCUGUCCUUCGAUUAUGGCUCAGGAGGCCCAUGGCCAGUAGACCGUGUGAUCCACUACAUCAACACCUUCCGAGACCGUAGCGCCCAGUAUUUUUACCAAGGAAGGCCGUUAGUUUCCACCUUUGUAGGUGUCUCGAACGCAGCAGAUUGGGUCGACAUCAAGCGUGCUACCAACUGCUUCUUUAUUCCCAGCUGGCCCGACUGUGGCCCUGCCGCGAUCACCAGCCAUCUCGACAUCAUCGAUGGUGCUUUCAGUUGGGAUGCCUGGCCCGUGGGUGCCGAGCAGAAGAACACUGCUAGUGACGAACAUUGGAUGCAGUCCCUGGCCGGGAGACCGUACAUGAUGCCUGUUUCCCCGUGGUUCUAUACGAAUUUGCCUCAGUGGAAUAAGAAUUGGUUGUGGCGCGGCGACGAUCUCUGGCACUAUCGCUGGGAGCAAGUCGUGAAACUGCAGCCAGCCUUCAUUCAGAUCAUCAGUUGGAACGAUUACGGCGAGUCACACUACAUAGGGCCUGUUCAUGAGGCCGGGGUACCCGAAGGGGCAGGCCGCUAUUGUUUCGGCCAUCCUCACGACGCAUGGAGAGUGCUCCUCCCCUAUUACAUUGACGCCUACCGGAAUGGUGGGGUAGUUGACUCCAACCAACCUCGACAUCACUUGUCCUUUGCAGAUAAGAUUGUGUACUGGUAUCGGACGAACCCCAGUCAUGCCGGUAGUGCCAAUGGGACUACGGGCAACAACCUGGGCGUGGGUCAAGAGGAAUUGCCGCCGGGGGUUGUAUCGCAGGAUAAAGUGUUUGUCAGUGUGAUUGUGGGGACCCCAAGCGAGAUCCGUAUCCAGAUUGGGGGUGGAACGCCUCAUGUCGUACAAGCCGGGGGGGCUGGCGUCCAUCACUGGUCGGUUCCAUUCGACGGAGAAACAGGAACAGUGAAGAUCUGGAUUGUACGCGAGCAGCAGGUGAUGGCGUCGGCGACUGGACCGGCCAUCACAGAACAAUGCCAGGAUGGCAACGUAAAUUGGAAUUGUUAUGUGGGCUCAAGCGAUUAGAUGGGUGGAUCUGACGAUAUCGCUUAUCGUAAGAGCUGUUUUCAGAUAAGAAGCUCUUAGUGCAGUGGAGAGAGGAUGAUAGAUAUAGACAGGAUAAUGGCGUGAAUCGACUAUCCUCAAUAUGAGGGGCUUUAGACU